GACCGCGCGUGGCGGUUGACAUUAAACGGGAUGCAGGAGAUUUAUUUCCAGCGCGUGCGGCACGAGCACGGGGUGUAAAACGUGACGCAACCCUGAACGAAGUCAGGUGGAGGCGAGACGGCCAGCAGCACAGGGAGGAUGAAGAUACAUGUAUUAGUCCUGGUCUCUUUGGUGAUCUGCCUCAGUCUGAUUGAAACCAAGUCGACGGGGAAAGACAACAAAACCGACUUGUCUGACAAAACGGGGCCAAAGGUAAACUGCAAGAAAGAGAUUGUCUUUUUCCUGUCGGUUUUGCGAAUAUGUGCCACCUACAGACGAAUCUUGUCCUCGAAAUCUCGCGUGAAGAACUGGGCCGGGCUCAACAAACUCAUACAAACUGCUUUAUACAUAGCAGACCUCAACAUCCCUAAGGGCAAACUGUGUUCUCAUUGUGGGUGUGGGUCUGGUAAAAGUGGUCCCAAGAAAGGUGGUCCCAAGAAUGGUGGUCCCAAGAAAGAUGGUCCCAAGAAAGAUGGCUCUGGGAACGAAGACUCUGCCCAGCAAGGUGAUUCUGACAAUGACCAUGAACAGCGCAGCUAUCAGGACUUCGGUCCAAAUGACAAUAGCAGUAGCUAUAAUAAUGACAAGGAAUCAGGAGUAUUUGAUGAAGAUGCCAAUGAGACCAUUCACGGUGACAGCUCCAUGCACGGUGACGGCUCCAUGCACGAGGAAGAAUCCGACGCCCCGGACACUGCUGACUUCAUCCGGGCACUCCGACGCCACCUGGAAGUGUCUGGUCGAUACAGAGACGAACGUGCUGCUGGACGUAGGACGAAGCGACGCCCCAACCCGUACCGACAACUCGGUCACGUGUGCCGGUAUCUCAGUAGGCUCCUCUAGCGGCAGUUCAGUUGCUGUAACCGAGUAGGGAUCUGCCUAAUGUACACCCGUCUCAAUAAAUCUGACUCAAAGUA